GACGCAGAACGGUGCGGUAUCCAGAUCUUACUCUCGCGAUCCUGUUCGCUCGAGGUUACCGUAGGUUACCGUAGGUUACGACAGUAAUAUUAGUGUUAUUGCAUCGGCUUAUACUGUAUGGCGGACUUCUCUCGCUUUUCCCCAGAACCAAAGACGCUGGUCGAGCAAUCGUCCGAAGAUGAGGAUAACGAAGUUAGAGCGUCCACAAGUACAGCGAGUCAGCGUGAGAGUCACUUCCAGCAACAACGUGUUGGGCGUCGUUCGCCACCUAGCAGCCGUGAUAAUCAGCCUUCGGAAAAGGCGCAGGGGAAACAGCCGAGUUAUCGGGAACCGUCCGACUACCAGAAUCUGGAUGAGGUAGCAGUGUCUGAGCCUGCAACGAGAGAAGGUCCAUCGUCCCUGGAACAGGGUCGUGCGCAACAAAUUCACCCCAAGGCCAGACAGGAGACGAAUCAACAGAGCUACCGCGAUACGGUGCGAAGACGUGUGAGCAGCCGGCACCAGCCGGCAGGUUCAACCGGCGCUGUCAUCCCGCCACCAAUCCCACCAUCGGAGCCUCCAACCACGUCGUCGACCUAUGCUGAGCAGCGUAGCCGGACCAAUGAUCCGGAAAGUGGCGAUGCAGACGAUGAGGAAAGUCUCGGCGCCCCAACACCGUUCAUUUCGCGUCGCCCGGAGGACUAUAUUGCACGACAAAAAGCAUUACCGCCAGUUCCCAGGUCACUGACAGAACUCUACACCAUCUCAUAUCUGAUCUUUUUCGCUAUAUUGGGCACUCUAGCACGGCUUGGCAUGCAAUGGCUUACCUUCUACCCUGGCGCGCCGAUUGUGACACCCGUCAUAUGGGCCAACUUUGCAGGCUCGCUCUUUCUUGGCUUUCUCGCCGAAGAUCAAGGCUUGUUCAGCGACAGCUGGUCUGAGCGGCGGUACGAAGGCGAAAAGCCCACACCUGGAGGCGAUUUAGAUGCCGCAGUCAAGGCUGAACGGUCAAAGCGAAAGAAGGCCAUACCGCUCUACAUAGGCCUAGCAACCGGAUUUUGUGGGAGCUUCACAUCUUUCUCUUCUUUUGCUAGGGACUUCUUCCUUGCGUUGUCGAACAGUUUACCGACGCCUAUCAACCACCCGAGCGCUUUUGUCAGCGGUACGCCAUCCACGACUACCGUUGUCAGCCGAAACGGUGGGUACUCCUUCGAAGCGUGGGCAGCCAUUGUUAUCAUGACGGUCGCACUUUCAGUUGGCGGCAUCAUGGUUGGAGCGCACUUUGCGCUGUUCUUAGAUCCGAUCACGCCGCGUAUACCUAACGGCUUCAUUCGGCGCUUUUUGGAUCCGUUGAUGGUAUUCCUAGGCUGGGGCAGUUGGCUCGGAGCCGUCUUCCUUGCGAUCUGGCCUCCAGAUCGACCGGCUGGGCCAGCCUCACACGGAAGCUGGAGCAACGAGACCUGGCGCGGCCAAGUGCUCUUUGCGCUUGUCUUUGCUCCAGUCGGAUGCAUCAUCCGCUUCUAUGCAAGCUUGAAGCUCAACUCCAUCGUGCCUUCGUUUCCCUUGGGUACCUUCGCGGUGAACAUGCUUGGUACGGCAAUCGAGGGCAUGUGUUACGAUAUUCAGCAUGUCGGUGUAGGGGUCGUAGGUAUGGCGGGUGGUGGCCGGGUGGGUUGCCAGGUCUUGCAAGGCGUUAUGGAUGGUUUUUGUGGAUGCUUGACCACGGUCAGUACUUGGGUUGCAGAGAUACAUGCGCUAAAGCGGAGGCACGGUUAUCUGUAUGCAUUUGCGAGCGUGGUAGGAGCGCUAUGUCUGAAUUUGGUUAUUAUGGGUCCAGUGCGAUGGACUGUCGGAUUUAGCACUGCUGCUUGCAAUACUGGAUACCCGAACAAGACUUACAGAUAGACAUACAUGAAAGUUGAGAGCAUUGCG